AUUAAACCUAAACCAGUUGUACCUAAGACAAAUGUGAAAAAACUGGAUCCAAACCUUUUAAAAACAAUUGAAGCUGGUAUUGGUAAAAAUCCAAGAAAGCAGACUUCCCGGGUGCCUUUGGCACAUCCUGAAGAUAUGGAUCCUUCAGAUAGCUAUGCGGAACCCAUUGAUACAAUUUUCAAACAGAAGGGCUAUUCUGAUGAGAUUUAUGUUGUCCCAGAUGAUAGUCAAAAUCGCAUUAAAAUUCGAAACUCAUUUGUAAAUAAUACCCAAGGAGAUGAAGAAAAUGGAUUUUCUGAUAGAACCUCAAAAAGUCAUGGGGAACGGAGGCCUUCAAAAUACAAAUAUAAAUCUAAAACCUUGUUUAGUAAAGCCAAGUCAUACUAUAGAAGAACACAUUCAGAUGCCAGUGAUGAUGAGGCUUUCACCACUUCUAAAACAAAAAGAAAAGGAAGACAUCAUGGAAGUGAAAAAGAUCCACUUCUUUCUCCUGUUGAAACUUGGAAAGGUGGUAUUGAUAAUCCUGCAAUCACUUCUGACCAGGAGUUAGAUGAUAAGAAGAUGAAGAAAACCCACAAAGUGAAAGAAGAUAAAAAGCAGAAAAAGAAAACUAAGAACUUCAAUCCACCAACACGUAGAAAUUGGGAAAGUAAUUACUUUGGGAUGCCCCUCCAGGAUCUGGUUACAGCUGAGAAGCUCGUACCAGUAUUUGUUGAGAAAUGUGUGGAAUUUAUUGAAGAUACAGGGUUAUGUACCGAAGGACUCUACCAUGUCAGCGGGAACAAAACUGACCAAGACAAUAUUCAAAAGCAGUUUGAUCAAGAUCAUAAUAUCAAUCUAGUGUCAAUGGAAGUAACAGUAAAUGCUCUAGCUGGAGCCCUUAAAGCUUUCUUUGCAGAUCUGCCAGAUCCUUUAAUUCCAUAUUCUCUUCAGCCGGAACUAUUGGAAGCAGCAAAAAUCUCGGAUAAAACAGAACGUCUUCAUGCCUUGAAAGAAAUUGUUAAGAAAUUUCAUCCUGUAAACUAUGAUGUGUUCAGAUAUGUGAUAACACAUCUAAACAGGGUUAGUCAGCAAAAUAAAAUCAACCUAAUGACAGCAGACAACUUAUCCAUUUUUGGCCAACCUUGAUGAGACCUGAUUUUGAAAAUCGAGAGUUUCUGUCUACUACUAAGAUUCAUCAAUCUGUUGUUGAAACAUUCAUUCAGCAGUGUCAGUUUUU